GCCAGUUUAGUCUCUCUUGCAGCUCGCUGGCUAAAAUAAAGACCCAUCGGCUCACUCGCCUCCCCGUCAAUUUUACCUUUUCUGCCUUUUUUUUUUUUUCCUUUCUUGUUGCAACAGAGCACGGGAGGCAGUAGCGGCUCGACUCUGAUGCUUGUCAAGGCUCAGCGCACGCACGCACGCAACCCAGAGAGAAAACAUUUUGCUCUCACCUGUCUCCAAACCCAAAGCAAACCUCACGUCCAAGCAAACCGCCGACCCUUUGAACAAGAAGGCACCCGAGCCAGAAUCUAAUGUAAGGGGAAGAAAUUCUACGUGCAGUAGCAACUUUCCGCUAAAAAGCAAGCAGGCGUAAGGAAGAAAAGGAGCAUUUUACGAAAAUGACACCUUAAGGAAGAAGAUUUUAUUUUCGGAUUUUGUACCAAACUUUGGAAAAGUUGUUUGUUUUCUUUUUAAUUAUUAUUUUGUCCACCUUUUUCUAAGAACAUUGAGUCGCCGUCACCUGCGUGUAAAAUCUUUCACAUAUACAUAUUUUAAAAAGGAAGAAAAUCAAGAGGAAAAAUAGCAUGUGGACCACCUAGCAAAAGGCAGCGCCGAAGCAUCCCUCGCGGCAAGGGGGGCGCAGGCUCUGGAUGCGUCUAAUUUCGAGGGACUGCAUUUUUUUUCCACCGGGCUUAUUGAGAUAGUACAGAGACAGGCAAGUCACCGCGAUUACUUCUGUCUCCCCUCACCACCACGACCACCUCCUCUUCCAAGGGCUCCUGCAACUCUCCCAGCAGAGCCCGGCUCGGCGGGGACAUGGGAAUGCGCGGCGCCCUCGAUGCCUGAGGCCGGGCGGCCGCGGGGCUCUCUGCGGGAAGCGCUUCCCUCCCGGGGCUCGCCGUCCAUGUGCCCGCAGCCGGCGGGGCCUGAAGUCGGGAUGAAUUUCGGCGUGGUCUUCGCGUUCAUCCUCUCCCUGCCCCUGGCCCGCAUGGAGGGGGACCCCAUACCUGAAGACAUUUAUGAGAUUUUGGGUGGCAGCUCAGUGCGCUCCAUCAGUGACCUCCAGCGCGCCCUGCGGAUAGACUCCGUAGAGGAGGAUAGCUCGAGCCUGGACCUGAAUGCAACUCAGACUGGUAAAAACCCCGUGGCCCUGUCUCGAGAGCGACGAAGCCUAGAUGCUCUGGCAGCAGCAGAGCCAGCUGUCCUCGCGGAGUGCAAGACGCGGGUGGUGGUCUUUGAAAUCUCCCGCAACAUGGUGGACAGCACCAACGCCAACUUUGUGGUGUGGCCGCCCUGCGUGGAGGUGCAGCGCUGCUCUGGGUGUUGCAACAACCGCAACGUGCAGUGUCGCCCCAUGCAGAUUCGUGUCCGGCACGUCCAGGUGAACAAGAUUGAAUUUGUCCAGAGGAAGCCAAAAUUCAAAAAAGUCAUUGUGCCUUUGGAGGACCAUGUGCAAUGUCGGUGUGAAGCGGUGUCCAGUCAGCCCCCCAGGAACAGCCGGCCAGGGCCACGUGAACAGAGACGCUUGUCACCGUCGUUCACCACAGCCGCUGUCUCACAGAGGCAGCGAGUACGCCGGCCGCCAGCGCAGAAGAGGAAACAUAAGAAGUACAAGCACGUCAACGAUAAGAAAGUGCUGAAAGAAAUCCUCAUAGCAUAGAAGUGCUGGCAGGGGAGAAAGAGCACAAGGCAGGUUUAUUUAAUGUAUUUGUUGUAUUGCCCCCAUGGGGUCCUUCAAGUGAUAACUUCUCGUCUUUGUCCAUCUGCCUCGACGUCUGAUUCAGACGGCAAUUGGUGCUUCCCUUUCCAUCAAUGGACCUUCUCCCACCAAAGCCUCUCCCUUCUUUCAUUUACGAGCAUAAUUUUAAAGUUUUACACACACAAAACCAGGACAAACAUGACCUCUGUGUGUGUGUGUAUAUAUAUAUAUGAGAAAAGAACAAAGUACAAAUAAAACCAUGAACCCUGACAGCCACAGCAUGCGAUGAGGACAGGACAAUGCCUUCCCUGUCCAGGGGACAGGAUGGAAAAUGUGAAAAGGAAAGUGGGUCCAAUUUCUUCCAAGAGGAGGAGAAAGACAAAUGGACAGAGGGUGGAAGGGGAAUACUCUCCCCUCCCCUUGUGUUUUGGGUAAGGCUGGGGAGCCUGACUGAGAUCUACACUUGCACUGGACCUACAUUUUGAAAACAGGCAUAUCUCAGAUUGCCAGCGGCGACCGAUGAUGGAAAAUGCACUAAGGACUUUUAUCGCCCUACCUGGACAGAUAUAUAUUUUUAAUUGUGUGUGUGUACAUUUUAUUUUAAAAAAAAAAAGAAAAACCAAAACCACUAAGAUAUUCAACAUCUCGGGGAACAGAACAAAACAAAAAAAAACCAAAACAAAGAAGCCAAAUGCAUUCCCCCCCUCCCUGUCCCCUCCUGCUCCUGGUGCUGACUGGAAGGUGUUUGGAUCAUGGGGAAGGAGCAGACAGCAGCAGAAUCGUCUCCACACCCCCGGCCCCUGCCAAGGGGAGCCAUCUUUGCACAUGCUGGUGGAGAAUUCAACUUUCCAGGCUCGGACUCAGAUUAUUUUUUAAGUUCACUCUGUAUGUGUGCGCGUGUAUAUGUGUGUGUAUAUAUAUAUAUACGUGUGCGUGCGUGCGUGUGUGUGUAUGUGUAUUUAUACAUACAUAUAUAAAUAUAUCUAUGUUCUUAAAUGGAUUUCAUUCCCCGGUGGCAGGAAGCUCGGCGGCACGUGCACGCAUCGGUUUCAUUGGGCUGGCAGAAGAGCGUGCUGUUAGUGCAGUGCGCCUGCAAGGUCCAGGACGGGACAGGCAGAGACAUCAUCUGAUCUCUCUCCGUCUUGUUGCCCUCUUCUCUCACUCUCCACCAACCCCCCAGCACAACUUCCUUGCAGGAGAAGUGGCACCACAACAAGACCAACAACAGCCAAACUUAGAAGCAUGACUUAAUCUCAGUGAGCUGUCCUUGCCUGCUCUGGGGUCCUGAAAGCAGAAUCAUGUCAUUCCCACGAGGUUUUUAACCCCUUCGGGUGUCCUGUGCAUCAUGCCUCCACUGCUCUCUCCAUGCCAAUGUCCCCACAUCUCCCAUCAUUUUCCUCACAUUUUCCCUCUCAUAUUCCUACUGGAUUUUUGCCCAUUAGAUGUUCCCAGCCCGCCUAACUUGGAUGUUGGUCCAAGAUGUGGUCAGCUCUGUGUAGGUAUAGAGAAAGAAAUGAGGAUGGUCUUUGCAGUUGGCAGCAGCUGUCUGAGACAUAAAUGAGCUCUUCUAAGUGAGGAGGACUGGGAGAAGAACUGGAGGGUCAGCUGUAGAGUCCCUCCUGGGCCACUGCCUGCUCUGGAGGAGGGAGGAGGACUCUGUGGGCGAGGGCUAUUUCUGCGCACCCAAUACUCAGUCACCAUUAGCAGAAAUGUUACAUAUGAUGGGAAUUUCCAGUGUAACCUUGGAGUCCCGGUCUCGGAUUGUGCCAUGCUGAGCGCUGCAGAGUUACGCAUGACGAAAACACCUGCCCAGAGCUAGCACCGUAGUCCACCCCCGCCCCUCCUGCCUCCAGCCGCUUCUCCUCUCGCACACACACACACGCACCCCCAUUGCGGGGCAAAGCCCCAGAGGGAGCCAGGGGAAGGAGGUGAAGCUGCAACCCGGGAGCUGUUACGUGUUGUGGAGGGACGCAGCCUUCGCCUCCUGCAAGCCCAGAGCACUUCUCAUACCACUGCCAAGGUGGCAUGUUGCUCCAUCCCUCCAUCCCCAAGCCCUCGAGUCUUAAGACAUUUUGUUUUCCUGUUCCAAAAUCUGUUUCUUUUGGUUUGUAAAGAUGGUGAGGCUUUAUUUUAUUUUAAUUUUUUUUGCUUUUUUUUUAAAUGUAAAAUUAAUUUAUACCCAGUAUUGUAUUUAAAGCUGUAAAAAAAAAAAAAAAAAAAGAAACCAAACCUCUCAAGCAACAUUUUCUCUUUCUUUUGUGAGCUGAAUGAAAUAUAGAUGUCAAACCAGC